GGGGGCCUGGAACUCGUGUCCCUGCCCCGUCUUUGCCUCAUUUCGAUCUCUCAUCCCGGUCCCUCGUCUCGAUCCCUCAUCCUGUUCAUUCAUCCUGAUCCCGUUGUUCCCGGUCCCUCUAUCGCGAUCCCUGAUCUCGUUGUUCCCGGUUCCGCCCUGGCACCGGCUCCGCUCCCUCGGGCUCCUCCGGCGGGAUCUUCCCUCCGGCCGGGCCGGGAAGGAGGGACAGCUCCGGGCUGUGUCCCUGAGGCGGAAUUCCAGCUUUUCCUUAUUUCUUUUGGGAUUUUGCUGGCGUUUGAUCGUGGCAGGGGUCCCAGAAUCCCGGGAUGCUUUGGGUGGGAAGGAGCUUAAAUCCCAUCCGCUUCCAACUCCAGCGCCUCCCCUGUCCCGGGCUGCUCCAGCCCGGCCUCGGGCACUUUCAGAGAUCCGGGAGCGGCCACGACUUCCCUGGGAAUUCCCCCCAGCCCCUCUCCACCCUGCACGAGGUGAUUCCGUGCUUCCACCGCCUCGCUAUUCCUGUUUUCCCUUGUAUUCCGGCACGCCCGGGGAGCCUAGGAGCAGCCCCUCACCUCGGUCAGGUGCUGAGGGAAGGGAAGGAUCCCAUCCCGGCUGUUCCCCUGGGGAUCUCCCACUGCAGGGAAUCACCGGCGCUCACUUUUCCGCAGGAGCAGAGCAGGGAUGGCUCCGGGAAGUUCGGAUGUUCCCAGUGCCUCCGAGGUCACUGGCUGAAGCUCCAGCUGCUCCUCCUGCUGCCCCCAUCCCAAAAUGGGCAGGAUCAGCAUCUCCUGCCCGCUCCCGGGCUGCUGGCGCUGCGGCCUCUGCCCCACAGGUGCCCCACGGCUCCUGAGCACGCCUGGCCGGCGGCGGCUACUGCUGCUGGGGACCGGGGCUGCGGCCGGAGUGCUGCUGCUCUGCGGGCUCCUGCUGCUGCUGCUGCGGGACCAGCCCCAGCACGGGACAGAGCGCAGAUUCCUGGCCAGGGUGACGGAUACGGAAGCCACGGACACUGGGAAUCCCAACCUGAACUAUGGGAUUGUGGUGGAUUGCGGCAGUAGUGGCUCCCGUGUGUUUGUGUACUGCUGGCCCCGGCAUAACGGCAACCCCAAGGACCUGCUGGACAUCCAGCAGAUGAGGGACAGCUCCAGGAAACCCGUGGUGAUGAAAAUCAAACCAGGAAUUUCGGAGUUUGCCAGCUCUCCCGCCGAAGUCAGUGAUUACAUCUCGCCCCUGCUGAGCUUCGCUGCCGCGCAUGUCCCGCGCUCCAAGCACAAGGAGACUCCUCUCUACAUCCUGUGCACGGCGGGAAUGCGCAUCCUGCCCGAGAGCCAGCAGAAAGCCAUCCUGGAGGAUCUGCUCACAGACAUCCCCACACGCUUUGAUUUCCUCUUCUCUGACUCCCAUGCUGAGGUGAUAUCUGGGAAGCAGGAAGGAGUCUAUGCAUGGAUUGGGAUCAACUUUGUCCUUGGAAGAUUUGAGCACACGGAUGAUGAGGCCGAGGCGGUGGUGGAGGUGCAGAUCCCGGGAAGCGAGCACCGCGAUCCCAUUUUCCGGAAGAGAACCGUGGGAAUCCUGGACAUGGGUGGGGUCUCCACGCAGAUCGCCUACGAGGUGCCCCCGAGUGAGGAGGUGGCCAAGGGUUUGCUGGCAGAAUUUAAUUUGGGAUGCGAUGCCCACCAGACGGAGCACGUGUACCGCGUCUACGUGGCCACAUUCCUGGGAUUUGGUGGGAAUGCGGCCCGCAGGAGAUACGAGGAGAGCCUCUUCUCCAGCAGCCUCCUGGGGAACAGCCCGCAGUUCCCGCUGCCGGAUCCAUGCCUGCCGCGGGAUGCGCUGGAUGAGCUGCGGCUGCACGGGCGGACGCUGCACCUGCGCGGCUCCGGGGACUUCGGGCGCUGCCGGGAGCUGCUGCAGCCACUGCUGAACCGCAGCCGGGACAGCCGGGGCUCCCUGAACGGCGUCUUCCAGCCGCCCGUGCACUUCCAGAGCAGCGAGUUCUACGGAUUCUCCGAGUUCUACUACUGCACCGAGGAUGUGCUGAGGAUGGGCGGCGACUACAGUGCCGCCAAGUUUGCCAGGGCUGCCCAGGAUUACUGUGCCACCAGCUGGUCAGUGCUGCGGGAGCGCUUCCAGCGUGGGCUCUACGCACCGCACGCAGAUCUGCACCGCCUCAAGUUCCAGUGCUUUAAGUCCGCCUGGAUGUUCGAGGUUUUCCACCGGGGCUUUUCCUUCCCCGAGAGCUAUGGGCGGCUGCGCACGGCGCUGCAGGUCUACGACAAGGAGGUGCAGUGGACGCUGGGGGCCAUCCUGUACCGCACCCGCUUCCUGCCCCUCAGGGACAUCCAGCAGGAAAAUUUCCGUGGGAUUCACUCACGCUGGAGGAGCUUUUCCUUUGUGUACAACCACUACCUAUUCCUGGCCUGCUUCCUGGUGGUGCUGCUCUCCAUCCUGCUCUACCUGCUCCGGCUGCGCCGCAUCCAUCGCCGCCGGCUCCACAGCGGCGCCUCCCCGGCCCUCUGGAUCCAGGAGGGGCUCCCCGCCCCAAAAAUCCCGGGAUAACAUUCCAGGAUGGACGAUUCAUACACACACACACGCAAAAAAAAAGCCAUUUUUGCCUCAGGGUUCCUCCUUUUUUUGCCCUUUGGAGAAGUGGAGCUGGGAAUUCCAGGCAGGCUUGGGAAUUCCAGGGAAAUGGGGUGGCAAGGGAAUAAUGCCAAAAAUGACUUUGUUGGGAAUGUUGCACUUUGGGGCAUGCAGGAGAGUUCCCACCUUUGGGAGAGGCUGAAAUCCCAGGAUGAACUUGGAUUUUCCUGACGGAUUCCAGCGUUGCCAUCCCUGCUCUCACUUUGGAGUCUCAAGGAAUGGGAAGUUCCAAAAACAAGGGAAAAAAAAAAACUCUUUUAGGACAUUUUCUGUGAUUUUUCCCUUCUGGAAUCACUCGUGGGAUGGAGAAGGAAAAUCCCUCGCAUCCAAUGCUGUGCUUCCAUAAAAAAACUGCUUCCAUCCCUUCCGCGCCCUCCUUUUUCCUUGGAAGCUUCACCCUCCCAGUGGCACUGGUCGCUGCUUUCAAUCCCUAAUUUCUGUUCCAUAAUCAUGAAGAGACCUCCCAGAAACUCCGGGAAUGUGAAGAGAUCUGGAAAAGCGGAGCAGAAUGUGCACAGGGUCUUGCCGAGUUCUCUGGUAAUUUAUAUUUUAUUUAAAACCUUUGAUUCUACUUGAAAGUCAAUUUGUCCAUGAUUAAAAGUGGGAUUUCUACGAA